UAUUGCUUGUGCCUAUUGUGUUUAAAGGUUAUGAUAUGGAAAAUAUAACUAGAUGCUUAUAAGCAGAGAGAUUUGUAAGUAUUUCGAUAGAUGACGCGGAUUGACAACACAUGAACACAUUCGUAUGUUGAGAUACAAGAGACUAAGCGAGAAGCAGCUGCGAGAAGUAACAUUCAUCUAUUUCGAAGAAAAAUUAUCGCUGAAGAAUCGUUUGCAAAAUUUUUGACAGCAGUCUAUGUUGAUCAAUGUUGAUAUUAAUCUCAUACUAGUACACAAGUUACUUAUCCAUAUAACAACCUUGCAUACUUGCUGUGCAUUACUUCAAAGAACUUAAUGGGAUGUCAGUUGGCGAAUAACAUUCCUUAUUUAUGUUAAUCUUAUUUGUGUUUCAAGUGUGGUUAAAGCAGACAGUUGCUCAAACGGAGUAAUAUCUGAUUUUUAAAGUAAAGUUGUAGAGAUGACUGUAAUGACACAUCAGAAUGAUGUGCCAUAUUUAAUAUAAAGACAAUUUGUUUGAUAUUAAGAAAUCAAGAGAGAGAGAGAGAGAGAGAGAGAGAGAGAGAGAACAACAUCCAAACAUGCAAAUAGUAAAACAUAAUCUUACAACAAUGGAUGUAUCUAGCAAUUAAACACAAAGCAUUGUGCUAGUGUCGAGUUUAUGUUAUAAGGUUUAUUAAGACAUUAAUAGGCAACUUUAAUCUGAGGAUUAAUACAAAGUUUCCAAUGAUGUUUUCAUCUGGCCUUAACUGUAAUCUCUCCUUCCCCAGUUGUUUGGGUUAUCCACAAGAUAGUGAGGAAUUGAUCCCAAAAAUGGCACGUGAGCCAAUCAUUCUUAAUGUUUAUGAUAUGUAUUGGAUAAAUGAAUAUACUACACCUAUUGGUCUCGGUGUAUUUCACUCUGGAGUGGAAAUAUAUGGAAUAGAAUAUGCAUAUGGUGGUCAUGCUCAACCAAAAAGUGGCAUUUUUGAAAUUACUCCAAGAGUAGCUGACGAACUAGGCGAACAGUUUAGAUACAGACAGUCUGUUCACAUUGGAUAUACAGAUUUUACAGAAGAAGAUGUUUCAAGAAUUAUUACAGAAUUAGGCAAAGAUUUUAGAGGAGACCGUUAUCAUCUGAUGAAUAAAAACUGUAAUCACUUCAGCAGUCAGUUCACAUUGAUUCUAUGUGGACAAGAAAUACCUGGUUGGGUAAAUCGUCUGGCUUAUUUUAGUUCAUGUGUACCAUUUCUCCAACGUUGUUUGCCAAAGGAAUGGUUAACGCCUGAUGCUUUACAACAUUCUCUAAGUCAAAUUAGUCAUCACGAAAGUACACCACCAUCGGAUACUUCGUUGUAACAUUUGGCUAAUACUAUUGAAAUGCACGGUCUAAAAUGCCGUAGAAGUUAUACAUUUUAGAUAAUUGAACAUUGUGAAAAGAAAUGUUAAUUAGGACUGAUUAUAUUGCCAAGAUUUGAAAACUUGAGAAACCUGAGAAACUGAACCGUCAAGACAAGGUACAAAUUUAAUAUUGUACACUUGAAUGCGACUGCUGAUAAUUAGUACUGAAAAAAAUUGCCUUUGCUGCAGCAUGUUGUUUCCUAAGAUGGCGAUCCACAUGGUCGCAUGUGUUCUUUGUUAAAUAAUACAGUCAAGAUAUGAUAGUUACAUAAUGAAUAGAUAAUUACGCAUAAAAAUUUAAACCAUAAUGAGCAGAAAACUCAUUUGCC